AUGUUUGAGUAAGAUACAGAUUCCACUGGCGUUUUCUAGUUCCUGCACAGAGCAAACUGAAUCAAAACUCGUUAUAGUUUCAUAUAUUCGCCAUCCCGAGUUCUCGGAUCUUCUUGGUUAACUUGCCGAAUGCUAACGGCUAGAUCAUGAGUGCCAUAUCGUCGGCGACCACAGCUAGUUCCAGUUUCAGCAAUAACACUGUGUAUCACCACUCAAAAUGUAGACUCUCUUCGGAUCUUCUUGGUUCAAUUUCCUUUCCUAACAUCAAUUGGGAUCAUCGUUUUCGCCGGUGCCGCACUUCCUUGGAGCGUAAGUCUCCAUUCCUGUUAGUUCCUAGGGCUGCGGCUCCAGAUACUAGCAAGGAAAUCAAGAGUGAAAAUGCCCAAAAUGGUGAUGAAGGUAGUGAUGAAAUUCAAGUGACACAGAAGCAGGAAUCGCAACCGCAACCGCCGCCGCCGUCCGUGUCGAUUAGGCUAGACGACGUGAACCCGGUAGGUCUGGGUCGAAGAUCACGCCAAUUGUUUGAUGAAGUUUGGAGGAAGUUCUCGGAAUUGGGUCAGAUUUCUAGGACUAUACGCGCUGAUGAUAAGGAGGCUCUUGAUGCUCUUCUCAUACGAGAAGGGCCCAUGUGCGAGUUCGCUAUCCCGGGCGCUCAAAAUACUGUUGUGCUCGUGGUUGGUGCCACUAGUCGCAUUGGUCGCAUUGUUGUCCGCAAGCUCAUGCUGAGGGGCUACAGCGUGAAGGCUUUGGUAAGGAAGGAUGACCCAGAGGUGGUUGACAUGCUUCCAAGGUCAGUAGAGGUUGUAAUUGGGGAUGUUGGUGACUCCGAUACACUCAAGGCUGCUGUGGAAGGUUGUAACAAAAUAAUAUAUUGUGCCACUGCUCGUUCUCCUAUCACUGCCGAUCUCUUUAGGGUUGAUUACCGAGGAGUCUAUAACCUUACUAAAGCAUUUCAGGAUUACAAUAAUAAGUUGGCGCAAUUACGGGCUGGUAAAAGCAGUAAGAGCAAGCUCUUGAUUGCCAAAUUUAAGUCUCCAGAGUCAUUGGAUGGAUGGGAAGUUCGCCAAGGAACUUACUUCCAAGAUGUAAUUGCCACAAAAUAUGAUGGAGGGAUGGAUUCUAGAUUUGAGUUCACUGAGACUGGCGAAGCUGUUUUCUCAGGUUAUGUUUUCACAAGAGGAGGUUAUGUCGAACUUUCCAAAAAGCUUUCUCUGCCUUUAGGUUGCACUCUUGACAGGUAUGAGGGCCUGGUCCUCUCAGUUGGUGGCAAUGGAAGAUCUUAUGUUUUAAUUUUAGAAGCCGGUCCUUCAGCAGAUCCAAGUCAAAGCAAAUUGUAUUUUGCAAGAAUUAGCACAAAAUUGGGAUUUUGUAGGGUUAGAGUACCAUUCUCAUCAUUCCGUCCAGUAAAACCAGAUGAUCCACCAUUGGAUCCUUUUCUUGUGCAUACUUUGACAAUACGUUUCGAGCCAAGAAGACAGAGGCCUGUUGAUGUACCUACAUCAAAGAGUCAAGAUUUGAGAAGCUUUAAGCUUAUACUAGAAUAUAUAAAAGCCUUGCCUACUGGGCAAGAAACAGAUUUUGUUCUAGUAUCAUGUUCUGGAAAUGGAAUUGAAAGCUCAAGAAGGGAGCAAGUUCUAAAAGCCAAGAAGGCUGGGGAAGAUUCGUUGAGAAGAUCUGGCCUUGGAUACACAAUAAUUCGUCCUGGUCCCUUAAAGGAAGAGCCCGGUGGUCAGCGUGCUCUAAUAUUUGACCAAGGAAACAGAAUAUCUCAGGAAAUCAGCUGUGCUGAUGUGGCUGAUAUAUGUGUCAAGGCGCUACAUGAUUCAACCGCAAGAAACAAAAGCUUUGAUGUAUGUUACGAAUAUGUUGCUGACAAAGGGAGGGAGCUUUACGAGCUGGUUGCACACUUGCCUGACAAAGCAAAUAACUACUUGACUCCAGCACUAUCCGUCUUAGAGAAGAAUACCUGAUCGUUCCCUGUUCAGUAUCAUUUGCAUCCGAGACAGUUCUUCCCAUAAGCGAGAUUCCAUAUGAUGGCUGGCCAAUUUGGCCCAAUGGCUGUUUCAAGUAGAUUCUUCAAUCUAUAUCUUCAUUGGUACAAUUAAAAUUUGUACAAAUGGGUUUAAUAUGGUGGGAAAAAAAAAAUCAUGUAUAGAUAUGAAGAGUGGGGUGUGGGGAAAUUACUGGUCAACGACAUUGCUCUCAUGAAGUGAUAGCAAUUAGAUCCAUGUUAUACACAUCACGUCUUUGAACUGAUGUAUUGCGUGUGAAACUUCAAAUUGAUAACUUGCACAUACUGCUGCUAUGCUAGGUUUAGAUGAUCCAAGUGUCGUAUAUAUCCUCACACUGGUGAUUAGUGAAUUCAUGAGAAGUUGGUCUACCAUGCCUACCUUUGGAAAUUGCAAAGAUUAUCCACCCUGGGAUCCUUGAUUCUUUAGAGAUGGGAUUUGCCCAUUCCUAGCUUGACUCUAUUUAUAGGUCCUUUUUUUCUUUUUUUUUGGUCUGGGAUAUCCCUUCGGUCAUGUUUUUCGUAUUUUGCCUAUUUGAUAAAUUGAAUUGCAUUAAUGAGUUCCUUAAAUUUAUUA